CUCCAGUCUUUCUUCUGAUCAUCAUCAUUCUCGAUAGAAUAACUAACCAACUACAGAAAUGGGUACAAAACUCGUGUCAAUUUCGCUAAUAAUUUUUAUCACAACAUUAGUCCAUUUUUCUUGGAUUGCUUCGGCAUAUAAUGUUCUUAACUUUGGAGCAAGGGGAGACGGGAGGACGGAUUCGACAAUGGCGUUUGUACGGGCAUGGCAGGCGGCGUGCAACUCGGCUAGGCCGGAAAUGGUGUACGUGCCACGGGGCACGUUCAUGAUCAAACCGGUGAUGUUCACGGGGCCAUGCCGGAACAGGAUCGAGUUCCGAAACAAUGGCAAAAUCGUUGCUCCCGAUAAUUUUUACGCCAUUGCGAAUUCUGGAUCUUGGAUUAUGUUUUAUAAGGUCAAUAGGCUUUCGAUCAAUGGCGGAACUCUUGAUGCUAAGGGUUCUGGAUUUUGGUCUUGUAGGAAAAGUGGCCGUAAUUGCCCGCCUGGAGCAAGGACAUCACUAUCUAUAAUGUGGUGCAAUGAUGUGCUGGUGAGAGGAUUGAGUUCAUACAAUAGUCAACUAGUGCAUAUUGGGAUUGACCACAGCAACAAUGUUAGGGUAGUAGACGUCAACAUUAGAGCCCCAAGUUCAAGCCCUAAUACAGAUGGGAUUCAUUUGCAAUCAUCCAUGUGGGUAACCAUUCUCAACAGUGUCAUCCAGACUGGUGAUGAUUGUGUGUCAAUUGGCCCUGGUGCUGCAAAUAUUUACAUUGAAAAAAUUGGUUGUGGACCUGGACACGGAGUCAGCAUUGGUAGUCUUGGGAAUGGUUACAAUGAAGCUGGAGUCCAGAAUGUGACAGUGACUUCAUCAGUUUUCACAAAGACUGAGAAUGGAGUAAGGGUCAAAUCAUGGGCUAGGCCAAGUGGUGGAUUUGCAACAAAGCUGCUCUUCAAAGAUUUGAUUAUGAGACAAGUUAAUUAUCCCAUCAUUAUAGAUCAACGAUAUUGCCCAUGGUCCAGCUGCCCUCAUCAGGCCUCUGGAGUGAAGGUUAGUCAAGUAACCUACAGAAACAUAAAGGGAACUUCAGCAACACAACAAGCAGUAAAGUUCGACUGUAGCCCAAGUAAUCCAUGUAGAGGAAUCACUAUGCAAGACAUACAUUUGACCUAUGUGGAUCGUUUGUUUAGGCCUACUUUGACUUAUUGCAGCCAUGCCCAAGGCACUCAUAGAGGCAUUGUCUUCCCCAAGAGUUGCUUUUGACCUGGGUGGGAGAGGUAGUGUUUUGGGUUAGUAUUUUCACUAUUAAAUGUAAGAAAGAAAGUAGGCCAACAUAAAAAAUGUAAAAAAAGUUAUAUUGAAAAUCGUAUUUAAGAUGUUACAACUAAAGAAAAGCAAAUGUUUAGACAUUUAUUUUUUAAGGUUUAUAACAAGUAGUAAGGGUGUAUCAUGUAGAAUGUAAAGUGUUAUGCUUUCCUUUUACAUACAUGUUACGAACGAUAAGAUUAAUUUCUAGCGA